AUGCAAGAAACUGGCUUAUCAUUUACAUCAGCGUUGGCUAUCGGAGCAAAAUUUCACAAGAAUUGCUGCACAUAUCAUUUUGCAGCGCCAGCAUACUUUUACCCUGUGUAUCGAGAAAUCGAUGCAACAGUAAGUGAAUGCUUAGUUGACCCAAUGUUUACUUCAUUGGAAGAACUAAUUAACGAUGAUCCGGACGAAAGAGAUAUUGAGACUGCUGCAGAACUAAUCACGAGUCAUGGCAACACAUUACUGAAGAUCAGACCUGGCAAAUGUGAUAAUUUUAUCGUUGCAUUACGGACACAUCUUUGUGAGGGCGAUUUCAAACCUGCAACUCGACGACUGAUAUUGCAGAAAACAAAUGUUAUGUGGAAUGUUUGGUUAAAAUAUCCGCAUACAACGCAUUCUGAGGUAGAUGCUAAACUUCGUAAACGUUUUGAUAUUAAUUUAAGUAAAACUUUAUCAGUUUUUCAGGCCAUUGAUUCCUGGACUUAUAGAUGGGACAAUGAAAUAAUGCCUUUCUGUAUCAAACAAUUCUAUGAAUCGUCAAUAAAUUUCAUCGAAAAUCCCGUAGAAACAUCAAAAACGCUAUCAGAAAGCAGAUCAAAAAGGAAGGAAAGUAUUGUGUAG